UCUCAGAGUAAUCACAACGGGAGCCAUUAAAAAUGUGUGACAGAAAGUUAAAUGCAUGUUUUCGCUUAAAGGCAGGCUGCAAUACUCUAUAAACAGUCCAACGUUGUGGGAUACAUGUCGCCUGCUACCUCCGAAAGACGAAAUACCCGUUUAAGGAUAACCAGGAUGACGUAUAGAAAAAACCCUUAAGACUCCUGAUCCCCGCCCUGGUUCUGGGUAAGCUACAACAACGAUAGCAACAAUGUUGGCAACAGCAGCGAGGAUCCUUUGGAUGAGUACGAGAAUCUCGAGUAUAAUGAGGUGAACGUGACGGGUGGACGUGAUCAUCGAUUGUUGAUGUUGUUGGCGCAGCAUAUGAACUUUCAAUUUAUGUACAUUGAAGCGCCAGGCAGGACACAGGGAUCUUUGCGAGCACCGGAUGACAGCGGGGAGUCCAACGAUAGCUUCACAGGUGGCAUUGGAAUGCUCCAAAGUGGCCUGGCGGACUUCUUUAUGGGCGAUGUGGGCCUCAGCUGGGAGCGUCGCAAGGCAAUUGAGUUCUCAUUUUUCACUCUCGCCGAUUCGGGCGCUUUUGCCACACAUGCGCCACGUCGCCUCAACGAGGCCUUGGCCAUAAUGCGUCCCUUUAAGCUGGAUAUAUGGCCAUAUCUUAUACUGACAAUUGUGUUCUCCGGUCCAAUAUUCUAUGGCAUUAUUGCCAUGCCCUUUAAGUGGCGCAGGCGUCAGCUCGCCGUAGACGUGGAGCACCUGGGUGAGCUUUGCGUUUAUAUGGCCUAUAUUAAGGAGAUAACGCCCUGUGUGCUGAAGAUAACACACACGCGACGCCCGCAGGCAGCGCCGCAGAUGCCUCCCCAGCUUUUGCAGCGAUGUAUUUGGUUUACUCUGCGCCUGUUCCUCAAGCAAUCUUGCCAUGAGUUGUACCACGACUAUCGCACCAAGUUCUUGACCAUUGUCUAUUGGGUAGCUGCCACUUAUGUCCUGGCCGAUGUCUACUCUGCCCAGCUGACCUCGCAGUUUGCGCGUCCAGCUCACGAGGCGCCCAUCAAUACACUGCAGCGCCUCCAGGCUGCCAUGCUGCGGGAUGGCUAUCGCUUGUAUGUGGAAAAGGAGAGCAGUUCGCUGGAGAUGCUAGAGAAUGGCACAGAACUGUUUCGUCAAUUGUAUGCGCAAAUGCGUCAACAGCAGCCGGACGAUCACCUGGCCUUUCUCAUUGAUUCCGUUGAAUCGGGCAUCAAGCUGAUUGCCGAUGGCAGGGAGAAUAAGGCAGUCCUGGCCGGACGUGAGACGCUCUACUUCAAUAUACAGCAGUAUGGGGCCAAGAACUUUCAGCUAAGCCAGAAGCUAUACACACGCUAUUCCGCGGUGGCCGUCCAGAUCGGCUGCCCCUUCUUGGACAGCCUCAACGAUGUUUUGAUGCAUCUGUUUGAAGGCGGCAUUUUGGAAAAGAUGACAACCGCUGAAUACGAGGCGCAAUCCCGCAAAAUGACCAAGGAUCAAUCGCAACAAUCGAUGGAGCUGGCUGCCGUUGAGAAUGCCAAUGCAAAUGCCAAUACCAAAAGCACCGAGGCCAAGAACCAGCCCCAGCACGCACAGGACAAUGAGAUGAUCAGUGCAUUAAACUUGCGCAUGCUGCAAGGCGCCUUCAUUGCCCUCGGCGUGGGCUUCUUCACAGCAGCUCUAAUGCUCUUGCUGGAGCUCUUCUGUCGACGCCUCAAUCUGGCGCUGCCGCUGCGCCGCUGCCGUCUCCGCUGGCUGCGUCGCUGGCGACGCUUCAAGCGGAUGGCGCGUCACCAAACCGUGCGAAUCUUUGCACCGAAUUUGGGUUGACUACUUUAUCGCAUCGCUCUUUUAUGCAAAUCAUUAACAAUGCAAAUACAAAUGUUUCUAGCACAAACAGUGGAGCCGACAGUUUAGAAUAUAUGUAUGUGGGUGCAAUAAGGAAGCAUAUUCCUAUAUAACUUAUUCCGUACACUUAUAUAUAUUUGUGCUGACUUAAAGAUUUAAUUUGCUACUCCUGAUCGCUUGUUUGUUUCAUAUUUUGGCACUUAGUGCUAUUUAAACUCAAAUAUAUAUAUAUAUAUACAAUAUCUGAAUAGUUUUAAAUGAAAUUGUUAAAAGUAGCAA